GUGCCGAGUCUGGAGGGGAGCUGGGGGCGGCCCGGCUCGGGCUUGGCACAGCAGCCCCGGCUCCCCGCUGAGCCGUGGGGCAGCAAGUGACUAGCGGGGGGAGAGCGGCAGCGAGCCGGGGCUGGGGCCACGCAGGGCCGGGGGAGUCGGCAGCGCACUCCGCGCACACGUCCGCACACGCUUAUUUCUCCGCACAGUUCCCGGAUGAACAGCCCCGCGGCGGGGUGCCCCGGGCAGGUUCCCGCGGCCGGGCCCGGGGAGGGUGAACCCCGCGGCCCCCGCUCUUCCCCGCCCGCCGCGGCAGCACCGCCCGUGCGCUGCGAGCGAUGGAAAAGAACAGUACGGGAAAGGCUAACGCUGCCGGUAGCGAUGCUGCUGGCGAAACAAUAAUAAUUCGUAGAGGUUCAGCUAACGGGAGCCGCGGACAUUUACAGAUUCGUUGUAGGAGGGGAGAUAAAGAGGAAACCGGGGACAUCUCGGCAGGUCUCACCGAGAAAGACAGACAGAAAGUAGGACAAGACACACAGAAAGAAAGAAUGAAAGAAAGAAAAAAGAAAGAAACAGAAAGAGAAAAAUAAAGAAAGGAAGAAAGAAGGAAAAGAGAAGAAAGAAUAGAAAAAAUAGAAAGAAAAAGAAAGAAAAGGAUGGAAAGAAAGAAAAAGAAAGAAAGAAAGAAAGAAGACAAAGAAAGAGAAAGCAAAAAGAAAAAGGGAGCCAGAAAAAGACAUCGGAAAGACGGCCAGACCGAUAACGACAGAAGAACGAAACGCAAGGCAAGGCGAGCCGCGCUCUGCCGCAGCCCCUUUGCCCACCCGCUUUCCCGCACCUGGAGCGGUUUGGGCUGGGAGUGCUGGCACCACGGCUCGGUGCCAGUCGCCGUCCCGGCGCGGGGCCCCGCGGGGUCCGCCGGCGCUCGUCGGGGCUCACUCCCCCGCUGCAGCUCGCUGGUUUCCCCGGGGCGCCCCGACCCCGCUCGCUACCGUUGCGCGGCAUCCAGAGCCCCCACGGCCGCCCCGAGCCGCUCCCCUCCGGCCGCCGAGACGCCCGAGCGGCGGCAGCGGGCGGCACUGCCCCGGCCCGGCCCGGCAGCCCGCUCCCGCCCGGCCCCGCCGCUGGCGCUGAGCGGGGAUUUGAACCGCCCCGUCCCGUCCCGUCCCGUCCCGCGGCAGCGCGGCAGGUGCGCGGCCCCACGGAGCGCGGCUCGUCCCCCUGCGGCGACGGCGACGGGACCGGGCACCUGGGGCCGCGCCGGGAGCAGCUCCUGCCCGGGCCGCCGCUGGCAGGGUCCGCGGCUCCGCACGGCAGCCGCGCUGUGCUCCACCGUUGGGCGCGUUUGGGACUCGGGCUGGGGAAGGAGGCAAUGA